AUGCAAUUCUUCAACUAUCCAGGAACCGAAGCCAACUCAGAAUCCUUUCACUACUCUCAAGCUGUCAAAAUCGGCACAGUGGUAAAAACAUCCGGACAAGGUGGCUGGGAUGAGAGCGGAAACAUUACAUCCAACGUCGAGAAGCAAGUCGCCAUAGCAUUUGAGAACGUCGAAAAGGCUCUGAAAGAGGUUGACUCGCGGCUCUCUUGGGAAAAUGUCUACGCAGUACGAAGCUAUCAUAUCAGCGUGGAGGAGACAUUUGACAUGGUCACCAGCAAUUUCAAAAAGGUUAUUCCAAGUCACCGACCUAUCUGGACAUGCGUGGAGAUUGGAAAGCUGGGGAUUGAAGGGAUGGUGAUUGAAAUUGAGGUUGAAGCACAGUUUCCGUUCUAA